UGGAACUGCAGGUAUUUCGUCACAGACUUGCACUUGCAGCAAAUUAAAUUAUCAUUAUCAUGAUUAGAGUGAUUAGAUCUAUGUCGAUAAUAAACUCAAUUAGAUCUAGAAGAAAUUAAAUAUGUUAGAUCUAGUACCGUUAGUGAAAUGGUUACAACAGUCAUAGACGUUUAGUUCCUAGACAGAUCAAACAUUUAUUUAUAAUGAUAAUGCCCAGGCUUGGUUAACAAUGAAUACAAGUUUAAUGCAGGAUGGAUAUACUGACAAUGUAUAUACAACGAUAUGAAUCAAUAAUCAAACACAUGUACUAACCUAUGUAUAUAAACAAGUAGAAUCAUGGCAGAGAUUUCCCACAUUGCCUCAGGUAAAAAGAUUAAUUUGGAAGAUACUGUUGACCUUGAUGCUGAAGUGGAUUAUGAUAGUUUCGAUGAAGGAGGAAGUGACAGACCUGCUGAGAGAUGGGCUCCUCUAGGUGCCGCAGUUAGCCCCACCCCAUCUCCUUAUGAACCAAGACAUUCCUAUGACAAGGAUGAGCUUCAGAGAUUGGAGGAAGAACAGGAACAGCUCAACUCUUCCCUCUUGGCUCUCACUACACACUUUGCUCAGGUUCAGUUUCGACUUAAACAGAUUGUGAAUGCUCAGCCAGAAGAUAAAGAAAAACUUCUGAAAGAAUUAGAAGAGUUUGCGUUCAAAGGAAUCCCAGAUGUAAGAGGCUGUAAAGGCCAGGAUGCACAAAUACUUGAAGAAGUUAGUGAGAAAGAACAUGAGCUGAAAAUCAGUGAACAAAGAGAAAAACAAAGACAGUUGAUUGAGCAGCUCAAAUCUCAACUGGAAGAUCUGGAAACCUAUGCAUAUGAAACUGGAGAUGCUGAAACCUUGCCUACAAGUAGAGUUAUGGAAAAACAAAAAGUCGUCCUAGAAGAGUUGAAGCACAAACUAGACUUGGAUCUUGAAAACUUUGAUAAUCUAAGCACUGAAGAGCUCCGUCAAAUUGUGGACCAUGCAGUAGGACAGAUUGUUAACCCUGCUAAAGUGAAGGAGAAGUUGGUGGAGCAGCUGAAAACUCAAAUAAGUGAUCUGGAGAGAUUUAUUGAGUUCCUGCAAGGGGAAGCGACCAGCCCAGGACCUUUAGGUAAAGAGCGUUGUAUCUGCCCUUUACAUGAAGAGUCUCAGAACAGAGAAGGACUUGGUCAGAAAUCUCUUGGCUCAAAGGCACAACAUAAACACCAAGAUUCUAGUCGUUCUAGAGAACGUAAACAAGAAUCAAGCAACUCUCAACAUCUGAAUGAGUCAGCCAACAGUAUGAUGCGGAAAGCUUUAACCAUUCUUCAAAUCUACGUCAUCAGUCAACUUGGUUGUGGUAGCAGAGACUUCAAACGAAACCUGCUGAAGAAAACUGCCAAAGGGAAUCACUGGGGGGAUCUGAGAGCCAAGCUAGAAAUGGCUGUCACCAGGUGUAUAGAAUUGGCUGAAGAACAAAAGUCUAAGUCUAAACAAGAUACAGAUAGUGAGGACUACUCGUCUGGCUCUGAUGAGCAAGAGAACCAGUCCAGCCCUGAACUGACUCAGUGUGUCAGAAAGGAUCUGGCCAUGGCUUUGCGUGACUUGAUGCAACAUGGCCUUAUGGAGAUGGGUCAGUCCACUAGUUUGGUUCCAUUUGGCUGUUUCCCCAGCAGGUCUGCCCAAGUCACUCACAUGUUGCAUGCCUGGGAUUUGUUUCUCAAAUAUUAUGAAAUGAAACAUGGACGUGAAUAUAAUGAGUCUCCAGCAAGAAAGUUGUCUCAAUCUUUUCACCUUGACAUGAUUGGCGGCAAACCAAUAACUGCUAAACAGACUUUCCUCGGGGCGAUUGACACUGUUAUCAAUUCUCACACUCCCUUGAAACGAAGCGAAGAUGCUCAUCUUAAAGCCUUCAUCUGCCUGGCACUUAAUGAGAGAAAGCUAGUGACUUGGCUACGUCUACUGUUUAGAACACAAACAUUGAUUGAUACUUAUUAUCAAGACUGGAGCUAUGUGGCCAGGACUGGUUUUGAAGAUGCUUUAAGGUCCUUGGAGCGUUUAUUGGUGAUCAACUUCAGCCUACCAGUGGAUCUGGCUGUUAGAACAUUUAGCAACAUCAAAGAUGCAUUUUAACCUUCACCCAUGAAAUCACAGUUCCAGAAAGUCAUGAACAACAAGACUGUAUGAUUGUGACUUGACAGUUCUCUACUUACACAGGCAUUCAUUAAGUCUAGUCAUUCCAAUGCAUUUCACAUUAUCUUAAAACAAUAUAAGAUGACAACAAAACUUUUUGUCUACAUUGAUAUAAUCUUCAAAAUUUGCUUCAUUGAUAUAUUUUGCAUUGAAGAUGUUAAUGAUCAUUUAAAAAAAAAUGGGUUUGCAUUAUUUAGUUCUGAUGUUAUUUUGAAUAUGUACAAAAAACAACAAAAAAACAAAAUUAACAUUGAAAACGUUAAAUAGCCCAGUGUCUAUCACUGGUUCACUAGUCCAGAGAUUUUUCAUUGUUGUUUCUUGAGUAGCUUCUUAUUUUCAGUAGACCAAAAGCAGAUUUGCUUUUAUUUUCUUUUUCCCUAGACAAAUAGUAGGGAAUGUUUUUAUUGGAGGCUUAUAUUAAUUAAUUUAACUGACUUGAGGAUUUUUUCUAUUUUCAAGUAAAGUAUUAUACAAACAAAUACAUGUCUAUGUUCCUGUUUUGAUUGACCUUCCUUUUCUGGCUAAUCAGUUAGGUGGUAAGUGACCUAAUAGUAGGGGCACUGAUUGUAUAUAGUUUACUGUUCAUGUCAUUGGUAUUCUAUGGAUAUAAAGUUGUUAUUGUAUACAUUGGCAUCAAACUUGGCCAUUUGUCUCAGAAGAAAUAUUACUUUGAGUCAAAAUAGGACAUCACUUUAAGUUUGGUUAAAUCUUUAUGAAGUUCAUUGAUUGCAAUUUGACUUAGAGUAAUUUGGUGGUCGAGGAAUAGUACAACCUAAAACCACUUUGACCAGCACUCAAAUGAAUGAGAUGGAACAAUUCAAAGUUUGCCUCUCCCCCACCUCUGUUUGUUGUAACAGAUCCUUUCUGUGUCCAAACUUAACAGCCAUAAUAUUUGAAGCUCACAUCUUAAUGAUAAAACUAUGCUUUUAAAUUACUGUACAUUUUAUCAUGAGAUCAAUUGUUGUUUUAUUUUGUUAUAUUUCUCUGACAUAAUUGUCUGGCUAGAAACAUACAAACUUAUCUUCUAUAUUGUCAGUUGAAUGUAAUAAGCACCAUGUCAGGUGCCUGAAGAGACAUAAAUACAGCAUUUUGAAAUGGCAGUCAUAUUGUUGCCACAGUAUUUGCAAACCUAAUGUGAAUCUUGUCAUCACUUUUUUGUGUGUGUAAAACAUUUAGUACAAACAUUCCUGAAGGAAAUACUUGAACUAUUCCUUAUACAUUUUAUUCUAGUCAUGAGAUAUGUCUGCUAAUUCCCAAUCUCUUAGAUAUGGCCCUAAAUAAUAACAAAAAAGUUCAUUUAAUAAAACCACAUCCAACCAAAAUUUUUUUUUAUUGAAAAACAAAACAAAAACUUUUCCUUCAUUUCUACCCAAACUAAAUGUACCAAAUUAGAAGAAUAUUUUUUUGUUUGCUUUAGUUAAUAAUCUAAAAUGAAAUUUUAAAUGACAAAGUUAUAUGUAUAUCAUGACAAGCAAUUUGUUCUGGUGUUUUUCUGUAUCUCUGUUGUCUUGAAACACUGUAAUAAUGUACUUUUUGUGAACAUUCAAUCACAUUUGGAGAGCUAGCAUGAUUCCAAAUGAAGUUGUAAAAACUUUGUCAGUUGUAAAUGCCAAAAUAAAUUAACAAUACAGUUAAACUGAACAGUAAAAACAAUGAUAGAUUUUGAAUGCAUAUAGUCCCAUUGACACAGAUUGGCUCUAAUGUGUUCAUUUUCUGUAUCCAAGUCUUUUUUUUUGUUCUAAAGCUCAUUUUUUGUGCAAUAAUUUAUUGUUUUAUGUUUGGUUUCCUUUGAAGUAUUUGUUAAAAAUGUAGUCACAUUGGUUCAUUCGUAUAUAUAUGGUUUCAAUGUGUGUACACUAUUUUGUAGCUUUAAUUUAUUCUGUGCCACAUUGUGUUGACUUAUUCUCAUGAUUUUACUUUUGGUUGUGAUAUUUUACACUUUGGCUGGGGAUUUUUGUUUUGUUUUAUUUUUCUGGUUUACAUUUUUAAAUUUUGAUUUCCAUGAAGAAUCAUUCCACACAUUGUUGUAUUGUGAAUCAAGAAGUAGAGAGACCAAUGGCUCAUUAGACAAGGAAAACUUUCUGACCUUUUAAUAAUAUUCACCUAAGAACUGAAUAGCUUUAUAUUUUUCUUAUUUGAAUUUCUGUGGAGCAUGUUCCCAACACUGUAGUAUUUGAAUCAAUAUCUGUUUUUGUUCAAUGAUUAGCAGGCUAUUGUGUUUAGUUCAAACAGAUUUAAUAGGUAUUCUUAUAAUUAAAUAUGAGAUAGUAUAUUUAAACACGGUAACAAAGGGAGUUUGUGUUAUAUACAAGUUCAUAGAUUUAUGCUGCAUGAUCUUGUCUGUGGUUUUGUGACCAUUGCAGGUCUAAUGUUAAGCCAGAAACUUAAAUAUGCACAUAUGUAUUCCAUAAAUUGCUUCCCUUAGGUCAACAGCAGGCAUGUCAAACACGGCGUUCAGGGGCCGCAUGCGGCCCGCCUGGCCACCUAAAAAAUUAUCAAAAUAAUGUUAAACUAUUACGCUGGAAAAUAAAAGAUGACAAGCUGCUUGAAAAAUAGUAUUUGUUAAACUGAACAACGAGAUUGAGUUUGCCAGCUACAUUUUUUAAACUUAAUUGCAAGCCAUAGCAAAUCAUUUAGUGAGAGGGAUUUUAUGAAGGAGUGUAUCGUUAAGCUGCCGAAGUAAUUUGUCCAGAAAAGGUGAAAGUAUUCAAAGAAAUAGCGUUAACUAGGAACACUUGCAGAUAUAAUAAAUGACAUGUCAAUCAGCUCGGGUGAACAAUUAAAGAACAAAAUAGAUUUUGAAUUAUUUUUAUUGGCUCUUGAUGAUUCAUUUGAUGUAACGGGUGUAGCACAAUUGGCUAUAUUCAUUACGGCCUGUGACAUGAAUUUUUAGAAACAUGAGGAGCUAUUUUUUCUAUGCAUAAGGCCACAUCAAGCGAUGAUAUUUUUGAGAAAUAACAGGUGAUAUUGCAGUACAAUUUACCUUUGGUAAAGCUAGCUAGUCUAACAAUGGAUUGCGCACUAACCAUUAUGAAAUGGUUUCGAUGCAAAGCUACUUGCAAAAAUAAGAGAGACUAAUGCUAAUUUUAAAUUUGCUCAUUUUCAGUACAUCAUUCACCAAGAAACAUAACGCACAAAGCAAUUAGAAUUCCAACAUGUCAUAAGACUGGUUUCAGUUACUAUCAAGUUUUUUCGUGCCCGUGGCUUAAAUCAUCGCCGAUUUUCAAUGUUUCUGAAUGACAUUGGACACGAAAUUUGCUGGCUCUCCUGUCAUAAAGAAUUGAAGAGAUUUGUUGUACUGCGUGAAGAAAUUGUAUUGUUUCUGAACCUGAAAGGUGAACCUGUUGAACAUUUCCAUACUGACGAAUGGGUUCAGGAUUUGGCAUUUGCAAUUGAUCUCACUGGUCACCUGCAAGACUUGAAUUUGAAACUUCAAAGUAAAGACUAAAUUGUCACAACUGCGUGUAAUCAUGUGAAGUGCUUUCAAGCAAAAUUACUACUGUGGAUAAGCCAAAUAUGAAGAGAAAAUCUUGUUCACUUUGCAACGUGUCUGGAACUAAAAAGAUUACGGCUACAACAUUUGAUAAAUAUGUCUUACACCUGGAAUCGUUAGUAAAUGCUUUCAGUGACCAUUGUCAUGACUUCGUUUCAUACGAGCAAGAAUUUUCGUUGUUUUUAUCUCCAUUUUCAUUUGUUUUUGAAAAUGCUGCUAGUAAUGUGCAACUAGAGCUGAUAGAAUAGCAGUUAGAUUCUUUGUUGAAAGCUCAGUAUAAAGAAGUGGCUGCGCCAAAAUUUAGUUAUUUACGUUGAAUAGUGGAAAUUUGCAGCCAGAAUUCUAGCUAUUUUAGCAAGCACUGAUCUCUGUAAGCAGUUGUUUUCUAUAAUGAAAGCUAAAAAUCACCUCACCGUUCGAGAUUAUCUGAUCAAAAUUUGUCGUCAGUCAUGAUAGUGUCAGUGGCAAACAAACUUCCACUCAAAAUUAAUAAAUGUGUAUCCCAAAAAGAUGUCAAGCAUCAGGAUAAAGAAAAAAAUGCGCAAUCAUAGUAAUUUUUAAUUACUAAAUUGUACUAUAAAUUUAGCUAGCUAAGGGACAAGUAUGUCAUUAAUUAAUGUAUUCUAUUGUAUUGUUUCUAAUUUACAUAAAACGAGUAAGCUGAUUUGCAACUGAUUUUUGGCUGCGGCCCCUCAGGCCAUAGUAAGUUUUUUAUGCGGCCCAUACACCUUAACAAGUUUGACAUGCCUGGUCAACAGUGUGUACACAUAUAUGCAAACUCAAUAAAUAAAAACAGAUCCCUUAAAAAAAAUUGACCCUGCAAAUGUUGUUCAAGAAUAAAAUAUCUAGUCUAUGGCUUCAAACAGUCAGACAUUAAUCUGUAACUUUGACCUAUUUGAAACAGUUAUUAAGUUGCAAUUCCUUUUGGUGUUUUUUUUUCUUUUUUGCUUGUCCAUACAUUUUAAAUGCAAAUAAAAAAACAACAUAAUUUUGGAAGACUUUAAAUUCCACUCUGAAGUAUAAACAUCAUGAUGAAAUAGUCUUUUCAGUUGUACUUUUUAGAGUUCUAAGUGUAACACAAACUCCUUUGUUUUUUUUAAAUUUAUGGACAUGGUUAUACAUACAUGCAUUCAAAAGAAAAAAAAAAGAGAGUCCCUUAUGAAAGACUCUCAAUAGCCAUCUAUUUCUUGCUAGAGGAAGAUUCAUUAGUCAUCAAUUUCUUGCAAGAGGAAGAUUCAUUAGCCAUCAAUUUCUUGCAAGAGGAAGAUUCAUUAGCCAUCAAUUUCUUGCAAGAGGAAGAUUCAUUAGCCAUCAAUUUCUUGCAAGAGGAAGAUUCAUUAGCCAUCAAUUUCUUGCAAGAGGAAGAUGAUUGCAAGAUUAAAUUUUUUUUUUUUUUUUGUAUUUGAACUCUAAAAGUAACAGAGUGACAAACACACAGUUACUUUUCUUUCUAAACUAUGACAUUGUCCAGUCAACUAUGUACAUUGUCCAUACAACUAUGUACAUUGUCCAUACAACUAUGUACAUUGUCCAGUCAACUAUGUACAUUGUCCAGUCAACUAUGUACAUUGAAGAUCUGAAGGCUAUAAUCUCUCAUUUGAAUAUUUGUUUGACUCUAGAUAUUUUGUGCUAGUUAGGGAACACUUUUAAUUAGCAUGAGCAAAUUGAUAAAAGAAAGCAUUUGAUUUAUUAAAAUUCUUUCAGAUUCUAGUCUUAUAAUCUACUAAUUACUCUAUUAUUAAACCAAAUUCAAAAGAAAAGAAUGGCAAAUAAAUUCAAGCAGAAUGAAGAAUUGUUUGUAUUAUAUUUGAUAUAAUUUAGUGGGAUUCUUUUUGAUGUGACAGAUUUACUUCUGAAAUUGUUUGUGUCAUUAUGAUUUUCAAAUUAUUUCAUUGUCCUGCAGCUCUGAACCAAUAACUCAAAUUUAAUGAUAACCAACUGGAUCACAUCUGAAAAUUACUGGCAUGUAGACAUUUUUAAUUAGCUGGAACAAAAAUCACUUAUAACUUUUACAAUGAAGUCUUAAUAAUUAAAGGGAAUCUUCUUUCAGCCUGUUAACCCAAAAACAUGGAGCAAAGUUAGUUUUAGACCUGGAUAAUUGGAACUUGCCUGGGCUACAAGCAUGGCUUCUUACAUUGUAAGUUUAGAUCCUUUACGUGGCUGGAGAUAUGACCUGACCAGUCCAUCAAGUGUUCUGUUUUGAGUGGGACAUUUACAAGCAUUAUUUUAAAAGACUCUUUAAGACAAGACUUCUUACUUGACUCUAGAGGAUAAGUCUAGGCAUUUUUUGUGUUUUCGCUUUAAAAGACAUUACAAAUGAAAAAUUACUUUCUAAAAAAGUUGUGCUGAUAAAUGAAGCUGAUAAAUGAAGUUAAAAAUAAUUGAGCCCAUUUUCAAAUGAAUGUGUUUUUUAUUAGACUUGCAGACUUUUCAUUUUGACUGAAUGGUUAAGUGCUUGGCUUCUGAACUGAGUAGUUUUGGGUUCAAAUCUCAGUGAAGACUCAAGAUUUUGAAAUUCAGGAUUUUCAGAUCACCCCAGAGUCCACCCAACUCUAAUGGGUUCCUGAAACUAGUUGGAGAAAGUAAAGGCUGCUAGUCUUGUUAGCCACAAUGACACCCUUGUUAACCAUCAGCCAUAAAAACAUGACCUUAAUAUCAUCUGCCCGAUAAAUCGCAAGAUAAAGAAUUAUAUGAAUCUGGAACACUUUUUCUUGCCUGUUGCUGCUUUAACAUAUUCCCUAUUCUGUUAAGCGACAUACAAAAUGGAAGAAGAAAUUCCAUCUGAGCUUAAGAUAGUAACCCAUUAUUUUCUGGAUGAUUCAAUAAUUAAGAUGUCAAAAUAUGAACAGUUGGGUCAACACCAGAACAGAUGGUGAAAAUAUUAAAUAAAAUAUACACAACACUAUUCACAAGAAUGAUCAACAUGUUUAAUAUAUAUCUUUCAUAAAAACAAAUUGAGUGUUACAAAGGCUCACUGAUAAGGCAUACAUAUAUAUAGAAUAUAUAUAUAUAUUUUCCACAGUGUAAUGUUAGUAAAUAAUUUCCAACCAGUAAGCAUUGGAUGUCAAUUCCAUGAAUGUCAAUUCAACAUAAUGUGAACAAUAAUUUCUAUAAAGGCCAAAUAUCAAACAGUACAAUUGUAUUUUUUUUAUUGACAUAGGAGAACCACAAAAAUCUUAUUGGUUCUGGAAUCAUAAAGUUUUUACAAGCAAAUAAACAAAAAAAACUAACAAAAAAAAAAAAAAA